CACUCGCUGCUUCUCUUCUUCGAUCAUUGAAGCAUCCACCCAGAAAAACCCUAAUUUUGUAGUCAAGAAAUGAGCUCUUUCUCCGCCAAAAAGUCACCAACUUCAUCCUUCCUCUUCCCAAAAACCUCACCUUUACUUAUACGACAUCGUCUCACUCUCCCAUUACUCGUUCCUCCUCACAAACCGUCACGAUUUCGCAUCGUCGCUUCUCUCUCCGGUACUUCAUGGGUCUCUCAAGCUUCUAAAGACAAAUAUGGUGGGUGGGCUCUAAUUGAAGAUGAAGCUUCUUCUCCUCAUUCGAAAACCAAAAAAAAGUGGAGGAAUGUUGUAAUCACUGGUGUUGGAUCGUCACUUGCUGUUGUAUUAGCUACUAUUGCUUACUUUUCAAUCUCCCGAAAAGGUUUUAGGUUUUGCAUUAGUAAUCCAUUGCAUUAUCAAACUGUGGAUUUGGAUCAGAGUGAAAAUGAAGAGAGUGAAACUCUGUUCGAUGAUGAGACUUCUGAGGCUAACUCUGAAAGCGUUGACUAUGUUUCAGAUACUGUUGACACAACAUCAAGCAAAAAAACUUACCAUGUCACCACUCGGGUUGUUGUGGAUGCCGCUCAACAAGAAGCAAUAGCAGUUUUAAAGAAACUAAAGAUAAUUGAAGAUGAUGUAGUGGCAGAUGAGUUGUGUACUAGGCGAGAGUAUGCUAGAUGGCUAGUUCGUUCAAAUUUGUUAUUAGAGAGAAAUCCAAUGCACAGGAUUGUGCCAGCAGUAGCUUUAGCUGGCUCUUCAAUUCCUGCAUUUGACGAUAUAAACACCGCAGACCCUGACUUCGAGUACAUUCAAGCUUUGGCAGAGGCAGGCAUUACUUCCAGCAAGCUCAGCGGAGAAGAUUCGCGAAAUGACUUGGGAAAUAUUAAUUUUAAUCCUGAAAGUUUUGUUUCUCGACUCGAUUUGGUAAACUGGAAAGCUCAAUUGGAGUGUGGUUUCCAUCCAGAAAUUAUGGAAGAGAUAUCAAGGACAAAGGUAGAUUAUAUAGACACGAAGAAUAUCAAUCCCGAUAUGGCCCUCGGAUUUUUCUUAGACUUCUUGAUGGGUGACAAGAGUACGAUCAGAAACGUUUUUGGUAGGAUCAAGCGGUUUCAGCCAAAUAGACCUGUUACAAAAGCACAAGCGGCUGUAGCAUUAACAAGCGGUAAGAUGGUGAAAGCUAUCUCAGCAGAGAUAUUAAGGUUAGAAGCAGAGUCCCUCUCGCAGAAAGCUGAGAUGAAAAGAAUCAAAUCCGAGUUGCUAGAAAAAGGCGAAAUAAGUCAAUUUUGGGAUGAGAAGCUUAAGGUAGAGAGAUCCCUAAGAGAUGAGAUGGAAGAGUUCCAUCUCUCCAGAGUUAGUGAAUUAGAAGAUGAAAAAAUCGUUCAGCAGAAGUGGUUUGCCGAGCGUUUGAAAGAGAAAUCAGCCAUAGAAUGUCAGAAACAGUUGCUUCAAGGCUUGACUGAAGAUAUUGAUGAAAUGUCUCAGAGGCUAAUAUCCGAUAGAUCUGUUUAUCUGUCUGAGCACAGCAAGUUACAAGAGAUGCUAAGUGACUUACAAUCCAAACUUGAAUCGCUAGUCGAUAAAAGAUCUAUUCUCGAAGCUGAAAUCGAAGCUCUUCGGAUUCUAAGAUCUUGGGUAGAGGAUGAAGCCAAGGCAAGCCAAGCGAGAGCUAAGGUUCUCGAGGAUGCGGGAAGGAGAUGGAAAUGGAAUGACCAUGCUUGAUUCUUCUUCAGAUUGUACAAAACUUUGUUGGGUGAUUGUUUGUUAUAUAUCAUGAGUGCUUGGGAUCUGAAAUUAAUCAAGUCCAAAAACUUGGUUUGUUGGUUUAUAUUAUAUGUAAUUCAAUCUUGGUUUAAACCAAAUUGGAAAUAAUACAAUUGGGGAAACUUUCAAAUUCAUAA